AUGGCUAAGGUGCCUGGCAUUGUUGAUGCAGUGUCCAAGCCUUUGGUGGCCGUGCUGACAUUUGUUUAUCCAGGCGCCUCUGACGCUAUGCAUAGGGCGCUCAUAAAUGACAUUAUUAUCAUUAUUAUUAUCCUUAUUUAUCGAAAUAAGGAACCUUAUGUACAGUUUACAAUAAUAAUAACAGUUUGCGUUGCUGGUUUCUUAAUGUUGAGUCAAGGACAUGUACCAAGCACGACUUCCCUCACUCUGUGCCAUGUGUGUUAUAAACAUUUUAAAGUGAGGCAGGAUGGUACUCUCGUUAGACAUGGCGGAAAAGUGAAAGGCUCAGAAUGUCCGGGAUCUUUGAAGCACCCACCUUCGAGCAGAAAACGAAGGUCGCUCAAUGUCGUCAACGCCAACAUCUCAAAGACGAGUGAAGACUCAAGGGUCCUUGAUACCGCUGUCGAUAUGAAGAGUAAAUCGUCACUGGCUGAAAAAUUUUUUGAAAAAUCAUCGGGCUGUCGGUUAGUUGACCAUGUGCCCAAGCAAUCACGUGGUAAGUUUGGCCGGAUGUUGAAGGAUAUUUUGAAAAACAUCUGUGAUAACCCAUCAAAUGCCAUUCUCUGGUUCAGGUUGCUAUUCAUUCCCCGCUUGAUUCUCCGAAAGGAUCUUCGAAGUGGAGGAAAAAAAAACAUCAGCGCAAAAAUUAAUAGCAGAUUAGAUGCUUUUGGAGAGGGCUCAUUGGAAGAGUUGAUGAAAUCUGUCGAACCAAUUGUAAAGGGGCAAGAUGAAAGGGUUCGUAAAUCAAAGCUUAGUGCUUUAGUCAAAUGCAAAAUAGAACAAGGAAACGUGAGAAAUGCUAUGAGGAUUUUAGCAUCGACGGAUACGAUGGCUCCGGAUUCGACAGACACUAUCAACUCCCUAAAGGACAAACAUCCUCCCGCUCCGUUGGACAGAAAACCAAGUCCCAACAAAGAAUCGACAAGCGUUACAGUUAAUCUCCAACAAAUUAUGUUGUGCUUGAGGCAGUUUCCAAAAGGAACCUCAGGAGGUAGAGAUGGCCUAACCCCACAGCAUUUAAGGGAUUUAACGCAUGAUAAAAUAGAAACAGCAGAACUUAUCAGUGUCAUGACCGGUUUUAACAAUCUGCUGUUGAGUGGCGUUUGUCCACCCGAGAAGAUAUUUAAUGUGUUUUUUGAUGAUAAAGGUUGGAAGCAGGCUAUAUUGCCGGUAAAUAUGGGUGGACUGGGUUUGGGUGUCGUGGCCGAGUUGGCACCGUCAGCAUUUUUGUCAUCGGCCGCGGCCACGGCAGCCCUCCUGGAUAAAAUCUUACCAAUGGAUGUAGCAUACCAGGAUGAUUUGAGACUUGAAACAUUUCGGUGUUGGUGCACGGUUUACGGAGAUAUAAUGGACAUAAAUGUGUGUUCGCAGAAGAAAUGGAAUGAACCAUCUUUGAAUGUUUCAAAAUCGAAACUGGAGGAAUUAAAUGACUCUCCCUCAGAUAAGGCCAGGUCGAUGGCCGUCAGAAGUGAAUUGGGGUCUGCUUGGCUAAGGGCCAUUCCCAGUACAGCUUGUGGUACAAGGCUCGACAAUGGUUCUAUUAGAGUGAGUUUAUGCUUGAGACUUGGGCUGCCGGUGGUGUCAGGUUACAGAUGCUUGUGUGGGGCGGAUGUUUCUCAGUUGGGUCACCAUUGUUUAUCGUGUAGGCUUGGUUCAGGAAGACAAGCAAGACACUCUGCCAUGAAUGAUUAUAUAUGCAAAUUAUUCCAGAAAGCAGAUAUACCAGCCGUUAAGGAACCAGCAGGCCUACUAUCUGAAAGCAACUUCAGGCCAGAUGGUUACACCCUGGUACCGUGGUCCCAAGGCUGUUGUUUAUCAUGGGAUGUGACGUUCCCUCACACGUUAGCCGAAAGGUACAUCAAUUACACGGCUAUGGAGCAAGGUUCCGCCGCGGUGAAGGCUGCUGAUUUCAAAAAUACUAAGUAUAAAGAUUUAAACGACAAUACGAGAGUUUUUGUUCCAAUCUGUGUGGAGACAUUUGGCCCAGUGGCUAAACAGACACAAUUAUUUUUUGAUAACAUUGCUACUAAAAUAGUUGAAAAAUCUGGUGAUCUCAAUGAUAAAAUUUAUAUAAAGCAAAAUAUAUCGUUGUUGUUACAAAAUUGUAUUAGUGCAGUAACUACUCGGAUCGAACAGGGCAGUCUCUCGGCGGCCGUCAGACUUGCUUGUUCGCCCGUGGGCCUGGCGGAGAGCUCGCCUGAGACACUCGCUAAACUUAAGGCUAUUUAUCCCAGUACUCCAUUGAACAGGCGGGCUUUCCCCGAGAGGAGCCGUCUAAUGGUCGCGUUUGACGGCUUUAAAGAACCGUCGGGCAUUACGGCGCAUGAUGGUAAGCGCCCUGACGGGUGUACCUUGAUUCCUUGGAGAGCCGGCAGGUGCUUGGCGUGGGACGUUACCGUUCCGGGCACCUUUGCUGAGCGCUACGUGCAGCUUACUAGCAAAGAAAGCGGUUUGGCGGCAACCAGGGUAUCUGAUGAAAAGAUCAAGAAGUAUGACGGAGCUCUCUCCUCGAUGGAGUUUUUACCGAUUUGUAUCGAGGUCCUCGGCCCCAUGGACCGUAACACUUCCAAGUUUUUUAAUCAGAUUUGUAAACAUAUUAGUAUUAGGUCAGGCGAUAGUAUGGAGUAUUUUUUCGCUAUAAAUAUUAUUUCGUGCAUUCUGCAGCGGUUUUUGCGCGUCUGUGUGUUGGAAAAUGUGCAGUUGAAUGCCGACGCGGUUGAGUGA